CAGUUGGCUGGAUGACUGGAGUUUCCCUUGCGGUCUAAAGAUUAAUGGCAAGGCUCUGUUGAUUUUGGGAAUUGUCUUUGAGACGGAGGUACCGUCGCAUUAGGCCUGGCUGGAUUCGAAGUGACCGUGGUUGAGAAAGAAAACAGCGGGCGGGACGAGGAAUUAACUUGGAUACCGUAUUUGUUUCUGCACAGAAAAAGAAGAAGAAGGGGCCUGCCCACACACACAGAGUGGCUGGUUUGAUAAGGCCACUCAUUGUACGACUAUAGGGGACGCUAAAAGGCUAGCAGCUAGUCUAAAAAAACUAAGGGGGAGAGAAAACGGCUGUCGACCACCCGUUUAAUGCGCCUGGACUACCUUUGGAUAUAUUACUACAACCGCAUAACUACCAGUCGUUUACUGUCUUGUAUGUUGACUGUUUGACACAAGCUAACAGCGCUAACGCAUACUUAGCCGCGCCUGCUAGCGUGCUAGGCUUAGCCAACUGUAGCAUAAGGCUCGGUUUUAAGAGUUGUCCCGAUAAAAGUGACCGUCGGAAAGGGGCAGGGAUAUUUUACCAGCCGUUUGCCGAGAAUGAUAGCGGUCAGCUAGUGGGCAACCGAGAGCUUCAUCGAGCACUGUUUUGCGGCCGGUUGUGAGGGCGAUAUAUCGUCAAGCCGCCCCAAGUCGCUACUGAGACCCCAGGAGUCCGCUUGACAGGCUGCCAUCAUGGGCAACACGCCCACCGCGAAGAAAGGCAAUGAGAUGGAGAGUGUGAAGGAGUUUCUUGCCAAAGCCAAAGAGGACUUCCUGAAGAAAUGGGAGAAUCCAGCACAGCAAACCGCAGGAUUGGACCACUUUGAGCGUCUCAAGACUUUAGGCACCGGCUCCUUCGGCAGAGUCAUGCUGGUCAAGCACAAAGAGUCGGGCCAGCAUUUUGCCAUGAAGAUACUUGACAAACAGAAGGUGGUAAAGCUGAAGCAGAUUGAGCACACGCUGAAUGAGAAACGCAUCCUGCAGGCGGUUAACUUUCCCUUCCUUGUGCGACUGGAGCACUCUUUUAAGGACAACAGUAAUCUCUAUAUGAUAAUGGAGUACGUACCUGGAGGCGAAAUGUUCUCCCACUUGAGGAGAAUCGGUAGAUUCAGUGAACCACACGCCCGCUUCUACGCAGCGCAGAUUGUGCUGACCUUCGAGUACCUUCACUCGCUGGACCUCAUCUACAGGGACCUGAAGCCAGAGAACCUACUCAUUGACCAGCAGGGUUAUAUCCAGGUUACAGAUUUCGGCUUUGCGAAAAGAGUGAAAGGCCGAACCUGGACGCUUUGCGGAACCCCCGAGUAUCUGGCACCGGAGAUCAUCCUCAGUAAAGGUUACAAUAAAGCUGUUGACUGGUGGGCUUUGGGAGUGCUCAUAUAUGAGAUGGCUGCGGGCUACCCCCCCUUCUUCGCAGACCAACCCAUCCAAAUUUAUGAGAAGAUUGUCUCGGGGAAGGUUCGCUUCCCCUCACACUUCAGCUCGGACUUGAAGGACAUGUUGAGAAACCUGCUGCAGGUGGACCUCACCAAGCGCUUUGGAAACCUCAGGAACGGCGUCAAUGACAUCAAGGGCCACAAGUGGUUCGCCACCACCGACUGGAUCGCCAUCUACCAGAGGAAGGUGGAGGCGCCCUUCAUCCCCAAGUGCAGAGGCCCCGGUGACACCAGCAACUUUGACGACUAUGACGAGGAGGAGAUCAGAGUGUCCAUCACGGAGAAGUGCGCCAAGGAGUUUGCCGAGUUCUAAGUUCCCAUCCACCGCUUAGCCAGAGUCGGUCAGGGGUUCUGGGAGUGGGGCGCGUGCGGCGGCCGGACUGCUUAUUCGUAACAUUUUUUUUUUCAAUCCUUCACCUCCAGACGCAAGACGGUCAAGCAGCAAGGAAAGAGCCAACAUAACCAGCAGUGUUGCCUUUUUCUCAUUUCUAAUCCCAACUGUUACCUGUUCAUCCCUAAGCGUGUAUCGUCGUGGCCAGGUUGUCAUCACAUGUUGUCAUCAGGCGUUGUGAAGGUACCCAAUCUGCUUUUUUUUUUUUCCUCCCCUCUCGUUUUUUUUUUUUUUUUUUUUUUUUUUUUUGAGCGGCGACUUGAGUGUCUUGUUAACCUGCCCCUUCUUCAAAGUCGUCCAAGCAAUACCGAGUCCAACAGAUGUGCCUAUUGCCAUGCCAGCUGUUCGGAGCACUGUCAGACCAAUAGCCUCAGCGUGGAGCUUUAGAGUCAAAAAAAGAUUUAUCACCAUUUACGCGUUCUUGUUUGUCACUUGCAUGUGUCUUUAUUGCAGCUUUUUUUUUUUUUUUUUUUUUAAUCCUACUGGCGAUCUUUUUUUUUUUUUAUGUUGAUCCGUGCUUGUUUAUUUGGUGUUCAGUUGCGUUAAACACUUCUGUUAUUUAAAGUCUUUAAAAUACGUGUGUAUUGAUGAUAUAAACUGGAUGUAAAAAGUUUACACGCUGAGCUUAAUUUGGGGUUAAUCAGAGGCAGAGGCGGGCACUGACUGCAAUUUAACAGGAGUUUAAAUGUGAUUGGGUAAUUCUGAACACGGCCACGUCCUGAGAAAUAUGGGUGUGUAGACUUUUUAUAUCCACUGUAUAUGUUUUGAGAGGCACUCAGAAUGAUUCAACUCCCAAUUGUAAACAAAAUCAACCAUUAUAUCCACAUUUCCAUUAAAACGCACCAGGGACCGACCGUCUAGGGAACAUUUUUACAUUUGCAAAUAAAUAUGCUUAACAUUGGGCAGCGCGGUGAAAUAGUGGUUCGCUCUGAAGUUCAGGUUCGAACCCGGCUUCCUUCGGCUUUCUACUACAUUCCAAAAACAUGCAUGUUAAAGUCAGCGAAGACUCGAUGGGUGUACUUUACAACGGGGCUUUGAAUGAUUUUGAGUGCAAGCAUAAAUGAUGAGGAACAUUUUUUUGGCGUUGUCUCUCAGCUGUGAGUGCUUAAAUAAAGAUCCAUUCUGCCCCACUUGGCAAACCUGACAGGAUCGCAAGGUUUUCUGUAUGGAAUGAAGGAGGGGGGCAAAAAAGUGUGUGUGCUUUUUUUUGGGAGGGCGGCGGGGUGGCAUUUUUCUCCCAAAAUGUGUCAAACCCACCUAAAUGCUGGUAACAUUUGUUCGGUUCAAUCUGGCUGUGUGAUUUGAAAACGCCUAAAAUGGCUGCCGAUUUGAAAAAAGGUUUUCCUAACGUCCAAUCUUGAUUUGAAUUUGGAUGCUAGACAAUCGCAGACCAAUGCUAAUCCCUGGUUUGUUGACUCUGUGCAUUUAUGAAGCUUGUUUCGCUCUCCGUCCUUUCUCACACACACACACACACACACACACACACGCGCGCGCACACUCCAUACGAGGCCCGAGGUGCUAGACUUGUGUGUCUGUGUGCUUUUUUUGCGUGUGCGCGCAUUGCUUUUGACUCGCGUCGCUCCAUAAUUAUCACUUUGUGACCUGACUGUUUUGUUUUUGUUUUCCGAAACGAAUGUGAUUGAUUUCAACGCAGGCUGGAUUCAUUUUUUUGACAGCUUGUAAUGUUAUGGAGAUCAAACGCUGGAUGAAUUUCAUUUUGAAUGUCCUCGACUUGUCUGAUGGUUUCAUAUAUAUAUAUUUUAUUUUUUUUUCCGCAGUAUUUUUUUUUUCUCUGUGCCCUUGUAGUAAUGCUGCUACAACAGCUUACUUAGACAUCCAAUCCAUGAUAUUGUUUUCCAUGACAGUCUUUUCCACAAGUCACAGCGUCCCAAUCGGAUCUUGACCCAAAUACUCUUUCAAAUACAGUGGAACCUCCAAAGUCCAAAGUAAAAACCAAAUUGUUGUCAUUUCAAAGCAUUUCUUUCCUCCCCCAUCGGAAGUAAUGUAGAAGUGAAUUGAUGAGUUCCGGUCUCAAACUGUCACCAAAGUUAACUACUGUACAACAAAAGUAAAAUACUACUCACCCUUUGAAGACGCGUGACAUAUUUGUUGUUAGUAAGCUUCUCUUGUCAUUAGCCGCUAAGAUCUCAGAUUCAUGCUAUUUUUGUUCACAUCUUUUAAGUUAUGUAUUUAAUCAACUCGCUUGUUGUUAGCCUAACAGCAUAGUUGCCUCAGACAUUUUUUUUUUCCGAAAAACAAGAAAAAGCACAACACACACUCAACAAACAAAAAACUUGUACGGUUGUCUCACUUUAACCGUUGCAGAUGACCAUGACCAGGAUAACUAAAAAUCUACAUUGACAUUGAAAAAAAAAUGGUAGCGUUAUUAUUACUACUACUUCAAAAUGUUUUGUUCAAGUAUGCUACGCUAACAAUGUUAUGUUAAGUAGAUUCUUUUCUUUGCUGCAGUGAUUUUUCGUUUCCAACUUUGUGGUUGCCGAAAGCUCUUCUUUCCUUUUUUUUCGGGGGGGCGAGGGGUCCCCUUAUUUGGAUGUUGGACUUUGGGGGUCCCGCUCAUGUGAAGACACUGUACCGUGUUGAAGAGAGCACAUGUAAUAUGGUUAUGUUUCAGACUCAAAGGCAACGAUCCAUCUUCCGGAUUGAUGCUUUUAUAUUGUUGCGUGCCACAUGCCUCUAUUGUUGUUAUUACUAUAUGAUUAUUGUAUAUCAGAUGAACACUAAAAUAAUAAGUGAACAUAAUACUUUUCUCUCAUUGUUUGCCUUCCACUUAACAUCAAGUUUCCAUGUUCAAACAUAACUCUUUUUACAUCCGAGAUGUUUUAGGUUCAUAUUUUCUAAUUGUAUUUUCAAAAAAUUAAUCUAAAGAUAAAAAAAAAAAAAAUGGUGAAACUAGAACAUCUAAUCUUUUUUUUUUCUCAUGACCUGGGUACAGUGAUUGUGUAGUCUAAUGUACCUUUUGGGCGGGGGUGGGGGAGCGGUUGAGGGGAACAAUACUGUACAUUAUAAUGCCUUUACAGUCUUAACUAUCUUACCUUCUGGAGAACUUGACAGAUACCCUUAGAACACAGUGAAUAUGGUAAAAAAAAGUGUAUAUAUACACACACAUAACAUAUUUUGCAAAAUGUAUCAUUCCAAUAAAGUUUUACUUGUCAAGACGAA